AUGGGCAAUCUCAUAGCUAUGAAAGAGAGGCAGACAACUGCUGACGAACUCUUUGAACCUUUAAAAGAGUUGGCUGCACUACUAGAAAGAUGUGGACAGAAGAUGACAGGUGACAUUUGUGCCAAACUUUCUCUUUGUGGAAAAGCUUUGUCUGCGUACGUAGAAACCAAGCACGUUUUUCCUCGCUUCUAUUUUGUUUUUUCAGCAGACUUGCUAGACAUGCUUUCAAAAGGAACACAGCCAAAACAGGUAGCUCAUCAUCUUACAAUACUUUUUGACAGAGUUGCUGAUCAUAAAUUUCAAGAGAAUACAGAGGAAUCUAUAAAUGCUGCCCUUGGCAGAGAAAAGGAGUGUGUGCUAUUUCAUGACAAAUGCUAUUGUCUGGGCUCACUCUAUGUAGAGUCUUGGUUGCAACACCUUCAGGAAACUGUACACAAACAAAUAAGUCUCUGCAUCAUGGAGGCAAUAAUGGCCUAUGAAGAGGAACAGAGAGAAGAGUAAGUUUUUUACUACCCAGCCCAGACUAAACUCACUGCUUUACAAAUCUGUUGGGUUUCAGAUGUAGGAGUAGCAUUUGGUAGGCUGGACAAGGGCUUGGCAUCAGCCCCAAAGGAUUGCCACAAGAAAUCCUUUCAGGUCACUUGGAGAAAUGCUCUUGUUACCAUGAUGCUUUGAGAACUUUUAUUGGUUGAUCAUCAAAACAUGUCCAUUGUCACUGUAGAUGUUCAUGCCAGAGAAGUAUUAGCAAGCCUUUGAGCUCAGAAGGUCACCAGUUUCAGAUCUUUUACUUGGUUGUCAUAGCUAUGCCAUAGAUGGGAUGAUGUCCAGAAACACUGUUUUGCCAGCAUUAGUGAUGCUCAGUUCAUUUAUGAGCACUUGGGAAAUACCCCUUGGCUAGUUAUUACACCUUUGACUGACAGGUGUUAUAUUACUGUAGCCCAAGCUCUUGGCCUGAAAGUGAGUGUUUCUCCUGAAGAACCAGCUGGCACAGAUAAGACAGAGACCACUGAAAAUUUAGGCUGUGCCCUUCAUAUGAUGGGCAUCUUUAACUGUUCAGGAAACUUCCGAUUUUAUUCUAUAGAGAAUAUCUGUAAAGAUUUGGUCCAGACAGGAGCUUGGAGGUGCUUUGGUGAAUUCAGUCACACCUUGGUAGCUCAGUCAGUGAGGGCAGUACAAUUAAAGACUAUCCAUGAUACAAUUAGGAACAAGAAAAAGGAGUUUGUAUUUCUUGGUGAAAAUAUUAUAUUGAAGUCCACAGUUGGAAUAUUUAUCACCAUGAUCCUCGGAUGCGCAGGUCAGACAGAACUACCUGAAAACCUCAUAGCUCUGUUCAGAACCUGUGCCAUGGUUGUCCCUGGCAUUGAACUGAUCUCUGAAAUUGCAUUGGUUGCUGAAGGGUUUAUUGAUGCGUAUCUGUUAGCCAGGAGGUUUAUCACCUUAUAACCUCUCUGCAGGAAGCUGCUCCCUGAACAGCAUUGUUACGACUGGGGACUUCAGGCUAUCAAGUCAGUUUUGGUAAUUGCUGGGCCCUUGGAACAAGGAGACAAGAACAGACCUGAGGAUCAAGUCCUUCUCCAGGUGCUUAUAUGAAUCUAAAGAGACUUUAAUUGCCCUAAAAUAGUGACAGAUGAUAUCCCAAUUUUCACAGGCAUGAUCAGUGACCUGUUUCCAGCUCUGGAUGUUCCUAGGAAGAGGAACCUACAGUUUGAACAGAUGGGUAAACAAUCUACCCUGAAGCUUCAUUUGAAGCCUGAAGAGAGCUUUAUUCUCAAAGCUGUUCAGCUGGGGGAGCUACUGGCAGUGCCUCAUAUGUUUGACGUUGGGAAUGCAGGGACUGGAAAGAGUAAAGUGCUAAAACUUCCGCUCUACACAUAUGUGAACUGGAAAGAAAUACCUGUUUGGAAUGAUUUUAAGCCAGAAGUUCUGACAACUGAUUAACUGUUUGGCUUUAUACACCAUGAAACCUGAUAAUGGAAAGAUGGUCUCCUGUCAUCUCUUCUGAGAGAGCAAGCCAGUAUUACCCAUGAGGGGCCAAAAAGGUUAGUUUUAAAUAGAGGUGUAGAUCCUACGUGGACUGAGUCACUCAACACUAUUAUGGAUGUUAAUAAGGCGAUCUUUGUUCACACAUCUGAGACUGCACAUCUCCAAUAUUGUAUUGAUUUACUCAUAACAAAAGGCAAACCAGUCUUGCUUGUUGGAAGUGCCGGAGUAGGAAAAAUAGAGUUUGUAGGCAAUAGGCUUGGUGAUCUCUCUGAAGACCAACAUCCCUUUCAACUACCUCCACAACAUCAGCAGUGCUCCAGACCAAUCUACAUUGCUCCUAAUGGAUCAAAUUUUCACCAGGUUUUAAAAAUAGAAUGUGGAAGACCAAGUGUAGCUGCAGCCUUGGCUCACCUAUUACCAUUCUUCAAACGCAGAGCAGACCCUUGUUGUGAGUUGGUGAAAGCACAGGAAUUGCUGAGUAAUAUGCUUUCUAGGAACUUCUCAAGCUACAAUAAACUGCAUGCCUCUCUGAACCUAGCCUUAUUUGAGGGUGCCAUGCAGCAUGUGUGCUGAAUCACUUAUUUCCUAGAAUUCCCUAAGGCUUUUGCAUUUCUGAUUGGAGUAGGUGGUAAACUGAGCUUGUCAAGGCUGGCAGCAUACAUCUGCUCCCUGGUUUUCCCAAUCACACAGAAGAAAGUUUAUGGGAUACAGGACCUCAGGGUAGAUCUUGCCAGUUUGUACAUCAAGACUGGGGCCAAGAACAUGCCAACAGUGUUUUUGCUGACAGAUGCCCAAGUUCCAGAUGAACGCUUUUUUGUGCUGAUUAAUGACUUGUUGGCAUCAGGAAAGGUUCCAGACCUGUUCAGUGAUGAAGACUUGAAGGUCAUAGUUGCAGAGGCUAGAAAAAAAGUCUGAGUCCUGGGCCUGAUGGACAUCAGAGAGCACUGCUGGAGGUUUGUCUUGAGUAGGGUUGCACUGUGUAUUAAAAUUGUUCUGUGUUUCUUUCCAGCCAGUGCCGCCCUAUGAGCAUGAGCUCGGAAGUUCCCAGCCAUGGUUAAGCGCCCUGCUAUUGACUGGUUUCGUGAGUGGCCACGGGAGGCCCUUUGCUCUGGCAGCAGGAGGUUCAUUGAGGAAGCUGAGGGGGUCGAGGUAGAAGAUCAAAAAUCCAAGCUUCCUUCUCAAGAGGCGGAACUGCAACUGAAAAAUCAAGAUACUGAAGCUUUGAUUGCUAAGAUAGGGUUUCAGACUGGGGAAGUGAGCCAAGAAAAGGCCAUUGCAGAUGCAGAGGAGCUAAAGAUUUCAAACUGGAGUUUACAAGAGCUUUUUGAGUUUUACAACAUUAAGCAAAUAAAUGCCUUGAAGGUUGAUGACUCUUCACAAGAUUUAAUCAACUAUGAUAAGGAGCAUAUUCCUCAGAAUUGUCUGAAAGUCAUCAAGGAACAUUACUUGAAAGAUGCAGAUUUCAACCCAAAUUAUGUUCGUACAAAAUCCUUUGCAGCAGCUGGUCUCUGUGCCUGGGUCAUCAAUAUAGUAAAAUUCAUUGAGUGCAUCGAAAACUUCAAAGCAAAAAGAAAAACUUUAUGUGGUGGUAUCUUAUUUACUAGCAGCUCGUGUUUUUAUUUUGGACCCUUUUCAAAAGAAUAUCACUAGGAACUGAUGUGACAUUUCUGGAUUCCUUUUCUAGAGAAGGUUCCUUUUCCUGUGACGGAGGGCCUGGACCCAAUUGCCACAUUGACGGAUGAUGCUACGACUGCAUCAUGGAGUAACGAGAGACUGCCUGGUGAUAGGAUGUCAACAGAAAAUGCCACUUCUCUAAGAAACUGCGAGUGCUGACCUCUGAUGAUAGAUCCCCAGCAACAGGGAAUUAAACGGAUAAAGAAUACAUGCAGAACUGACCUUAAGUCAUACGUCUAGGACAGAAAGGGUAUGUCAACUUUUCUGAAGACCAUUGAAAGAGCUUUGGCUUUUGAUGAGACAGUACUGAUUGAAGACAUGGGUGAAUCUAUUAAUCCCAUACUUGAUUCCCUUCUUGGAAGACAUACAGUUAAAAAGGGAAGAUAUAUCAAGAUUGAAGACAAAAAAUGUGAAUUCAAUUUCUGUCUCAUCCUUCACACUAAGCUGACUAACCCUCACUACAAGCGAGAACUGCAGGUUAAGGCCACUCUCAUUAAUUCCUCUCUCACUGGGGACAGGCUGGAAGACCAGCUGUUGACUGAGGUUGCUAGUCCUGAAAGACAACACUUAUAA